AUGGCCGCCCCGCCGCCCAGCGCAGCCUACCCCGGCCGCCGCCGCCCCGCCCUCCGCGCCCGCCCAUUGGCCGGCUGCUCCUCCGCGCGCGCUCCCAUUGGCCGCCGCGGCCGCCGCUCACCCGCCCAGCGGCCCUUUCAAGCUAGGCUCUGCUCCACAGCCUUCGGAGAGGAGCCGCCCGUCGGGCACCAACACGCCCGGACACAGAGAUCCCGCACGCCCACGGGUCACCCCCGGCCGUCCCCAGCACUCAAACAGGUCGCAAUCGGAGGAGGUGACUCCGAGCCCGAAAGGCAGAGGAGUGCAGGACCUGCCGAACCCUUCUCUCCGUUCCCGGGCAGCCCCUCCGCCCGCACACCCAGAGCGGCCGGGCUCCCCCGGCAGGACGGCGCUUUCCUCUCCUCUGCGAGCCUCGCUUUCCUUGUAAAGGCACGGGCCGCUCCUGCCGGGCGGAGGCUGCAGCGGACAACACCGACAGCUCUCCGCUCAGCCCGCGCUCCGUCCCUGCAGCCCCUUCUCCUCGCCCCUACCCCAGCCCCGGCCCGCACAGCCCCGCUCCGGACCGGGCGCCCCCCGCGCAGCGCUGCUCUCCCGCGGCCCCGGCAGCCACACCCCCCCGGCGGGCGAGCGGAGCGGAGAGGAGCGGAGGGGCCGCUGGCAGCAUCCCCGUCCCGCUGCCCUCAGCAGCCGGGCACACACCUCCGUGCCGCUCUGCCUCCCUCCCUGCAGCCCCCUGCCCGGCGGCACCGCCUCCUCCCGCCGGACCACCCGCGCCCCGCGCCCCCCGACCCCCGGCCCGCUCGCGGUCCCGCGGAGCUCCGCGAUCCCCCCGAGCCCCUCACUCACGGCGCUCAGCGGGGGCCGCAGCCCCGCGCGGCCCGGCCCGGCCCCUCCAUGCGGCCCCGGGUUUGUUUGUUUAUGUCCCUUCCUGACGGGUUCCCGGAAAUCGCGUGA